AUGAGAUACGCCAUCCCAUCUGCUGCCUUGGUAGCUGGCGUUGUGUCACAAGCUACUUUCGAGCCCGCAGACUUCAAUAUCACGGAGGCAUUGCUCGACAAUGGUGUCAACGUCUCGGCUAUACCUGAGCUUGCACCUCUGGUAGAGAGGUCGUUGUUGAGUGGCUGCUCCAUUGCCUGCAACUCUUUGAAGCUGAUCUUUGGUGACGACCAAGUCGAGACACAGUCUGAGGCUGCGUAUAGUGCAUUUAUCAAUGAUUACUGGUCGGGCCAACAAAGACAGAUCUCUCCUCAGUGUGUCUUCAAGCCUGAGAAAGCUUUGGAUGUCUCGACUUCCAUCCUUCUAUCUCGUCUUACGCAAUGUCCUUUUGCGGUUAGGAGCGGAGGCCACUCAGCAGUGCCUGGCGGCUCAAACAUCGAGGGUGGCAUUACGAUUAGCUUUGAGAAGAUGGACAAGACUGUAGCAUCUUCUGACAGGAAAAGCGCCACAUUUGAGCCUGGCCAGACAUGGUAUGAUGUGUACACGAAGCUCGAGAAACAUGAGGUUACCAUCAUUGGUGGCCGAGUUGCAAGUGUCGGUGUGGGUGGAUUAACUUUGGGCGGAGGCAUCUCGUACUUCUCAAGCAUGUAUGGUUUGGCAUGCGACAAUGUCAUCUCAUACGAGCUGGUCACUGCUUCUGGGCUUAUCAUCAACGUCAGCCAGAAGUCCUUCCCAGACCUCUACUGGGCUCUACGAGGGGGUGGCAACAACUUCGGUAUCGUCACGAAAUUCAACGUCAACGCUCUUCCUAGAGCGCCAACCAUGUGGGGUGGUAUGCGAACAUAUCUCUCGACCGAAUCCGAUGCUCUCAUCAAGGCAUACUACAAUCUUGGUAUGAACGCAAAGAAGGACGGCAAAGCCCACCAAAUUCUGUCGUUUGGCUGGGGUGGAGCUGAACUCGGAGAGGUUGCCCAAGUUGAACUUGAAUAUGCGGAUCCUAUUACCGACGCACCAGUUCUUGCCGAGUACAACAGCAUCAAAGGAGCGAUUGCAGACGCAACCGGAAUCAACACUCUCGCAAACCUUACGGCGAUCUUGGAAGGCCCCGCCAGCGGUGCAGGUCUUCGACAGGCAUUCUGGACCUGGACGACCAAGCUCGACGUGGAAAUGGCCACUGUGACUAAGGAUAUCUUCUUUGAGGAGAUUACCGAUGUGCUCGACGCAGCGGAUCUACUCCCCGCUGUUUCGCUCCAGGUACUUACCGAGCCUAUCAUUGAGCAGGGUGCCACUAAGGGAGGUAAUGCGCUUGGGCUCGAUCCAAAGGAAGGACCCCUCAUGUUGGCUCUCGUUGCCAUGAAGUGGUCCAACAGUGCGGACGACGACAGACUGCAAAAGUUCGCCGCGCGCGUCAAGGACCGCUGCGUAGCCGCAGCCAAGGCCGAGGGCAAAGCGACCGAUUACCUGUACAUGAACUACGCCAGCCCAUGGCAAGAUCCCGUUGCCGGUUACGGUCCCGCGAAUCAGGCUAAGUUGAAGGCCAUCUCCAAGAAGUAUGAUCCUACUGGCGUGUUUGAGGUUCUCCAGCCCGGCUACUUCAAGCUCAACGGCCCACCACGGGACGAUUUGUAA